AUGGAGACCAAAGGCGGCAACCAUGGCCGCGAGCAGCAAGGCGGCAGCGAGUUGGGCAGCCAUGGUUGCGACCAUGGUAGCACUGCAAGUAUAAGCGAGGCUGGGCGACGCACGAGAAGGCAUCCAAAGCGACCGGCGAGGUGGCCGGUGGUGGCGGCAGCCACAAAGACGGUUGGCGGAGCUGGAACCGCGGCCAUGGCAGCCGCGAAGCUGCGAUGCAGCAGCUGGCCCGCAACGCAGCCAGCGUCGGGGGCAGUAUGGCGACUUCCGGAAAGGAUGAAAACUUCUCUCUCCCCAUUUUCUCCUUCACCUUCUCUCUCUCUCUCCAACAAUUGUUGGAUCUUUCUCGCCGCUGCUUCACCUUCUCCAACAAUCGUCGGAUCCCUCUCGCCUCCGCCGUCGCCUCGCCUUCUCCAGCAGUCGUUGGCUUCCUCUCGCCGUCGUUGUCGCUGUCGCGUCGUCUUCUUCAACAACUGCCGGCUUUCUCUCGCCACAUCAACUUCUGUAGCAACCAUCGUCUUCCUCUCCCCCCACGCCGUCGCGUCGCCUUCUCCAGCAACCGCCACUACCACCUCCCCUUCCUCUCAAACCGCUGUUUUCCUCUCGCCUUCACCAGCAACUGCUGUCGCCGCCUCACCUUCUCCAGCAACCACUGCUUAUCGUCAACCACCACCCGCCCUUGAGAAACCAGAUCUGAAGUGGAUUUGA